CAUAUGCAUAUUAAAUACUGCAAUUGGAUAUGAAAUAAUACAACCAACGAUAUUUGGGUUGAAACUUUAAGAUUAUUCUUCAUUUAUAAGUUAUGAAAAGUCUAAAAUAUGAAAUAUAAGUAUAAAGAACCAUAAAAAAUACUUACAUGAAACUUAGUGGGCUAGCUAACCAUGAUGGAAAAGUCCUAUCCUUUUUAGAAUUUAAAUUCGUGUGUUAUGUAUUAAAAAAAGAUACAACAAAUUUAUUUAGUAUAAUUGGUUAUAUUAUUGUCUUUGUUCGAAAAUAUGGUUCAAAUUCUUAUACUAACAAUUUUAAUAUGAAAUAAAUAACUAAAUAAUGUGAAGACAAAAAUAUCCUUCCUACUUUCACUCUAGUUGCAGGAAAUUUGAAAUGGAGCAAACCCAACCAACCCAAAUAAAGGAGGUUGCUAUUCGUCGCCGUAAAGAUCCUUAUUCGUCGCCCUAACUAUGCUUUUAGUUACUCUUACCACCUGCCCGCCUUUGCCUCGGACGAGCUGGGAGCCCAUCCUUCAGCUAAGUCGGACGGAUUUCUUCCACGAACCAAGACAAGUGACGGACAUGUUGAAAACCAGUUGCUGGCGAGCUUGCGACAGGUCAGCAACCUGUUUCAAGCUCGUCGGCGAUGGGGUUUCAACCCGUCCGGCCAACAUCACACAAAAGCAACAAAAAACUACAUGGGCACGUCGACGAGAUUGGGUCGGUGGCGGAUCAGUCGUCUUCUCCUUUCCUUCUUCUCCACAGGGGUCGCUGGUGGGAUUCAUCCGCCUUCUUCUUCUUCUUCGCAGAAACGAUGCAGUGUAGCAGGCGACAGAUAAUGCUCUCUCUUCCUUCUUCGGCCUCCUCCUGGAUGACAACAAUGAUGGGGGGGGACGAUACCACUGGGAGACCAAGAGGAUCACAUGACAUUAUAAUAAAUAUAGCAAGGUUACUUUUGGAAUAAAAUUUCAGUAAUAUGGAAUUUCAAAAUAGCUUACCUCCACUUUGCCCUCCCUCUCUCUCUCUUCUCUCUCUCUCUCUCUCUCUCUCUCUCUCUCUCUCUCUCUCUUAUUUGUGAUUUUGAUCGUCGAUGGAAGGAUGGCCGCCUCCACCGGGGAAGAUCGACCAAAUUGGUGGGCUCAGUUAUUUGGUGUUGAUGAAGGCAACAUAUUACGUUAUUUCCAUGGGAAAACAAUAUGUGGAAAAAUUCCCCGAGCUAUUCUAGAAGAAGUAGUUGUGCGAUGGCGAGAAAAAACUAGAGGGUAAAUUCCACUCAUAGCCGUUGGCGUUUUCAAUGAUCCAGUCCUAGGCAAACAGUAUGUGGGGAAAGGAGGGUCUGAUUCAUUUUUCUAGGUUUUGUGGGUCAAUGUUUCUGUUUUAGUUCCCGGAUCUUGCUACGAGUAUCUGUGUAUUUGGAAGGGGGCCAUGGCAUUGCCAAACAUUUAUGUGUGUUCUUCGUCGUUGGACCCCUGUGAUUCAACCGUUAGAUAUUCAACUAGCUUCUUUGCCAAUUUGGGUAAGGAUCUAAGGUAUUCCUCUUGAGUACCAUACUGUCGAAUGAUUGAGCCAAAUUGCAAGUGUUUUGGGAGUUUCGUUAUGGAUUGACUAAGCUAUCAAUUCAGGACUUAAGUUGGGGCGGCUAACCUAUGUGUGGAAUUGAGGGUGGAUGUCUCAUUUCAUGAAGAGAUUAAAGUUCGUCCUGAAGGGGAGGUGGAGUUUUCUUUAUUGAUUGAAUAUAUGAGGGUUCCUCCUAGGUGUCAGCAGUGCCAGAUGUUUGGGCACAACAUUGGGCAUGGGUCUAAAUGCAAGGUUGCAGAAGAAACAUAAAUGGUGUGGGUAUAUAAAGCUCCAGCAGGGGUUAAGGAACCAACCAGAGCUCCUGAUGAUGUUACUAAUACAUAUACUAUUGGUGUUGAAUUGGCAACUAAAGUUGGGUUCCAUGUGAUUUCCCAAAGUUUGUUAUUGAGAUCUAAUGUGGCUUCUUCAAGUAGUACCAAAGAUGUUUCUCGGCCUCAAGAGAAUUCAGAUGACUUGAAUGAUAUUGAUGCUUAGUUGAAGAAAUUUAGAAGGCUAGUAAUAAAGGAAAGUUUGUAAUGAAGUUCGCCAUGAAAUCUUAAGUAAAGGUUCCUUCCACUAAGAAACAUAGAUAUGUGGAUACUCAGUUACUUAAGAAUAAGGUAGAUUUAGUUGCAAUACUAGAAAGUGGAGUGUCUUAUAAGAAUUCCAAAUCCAUAGUUAAAGGUCAGUUUGAAGAGUGAGGACAUUUACAUAAUUAUGACAAGUCUUCUUCAGGUCAAGUGUGGUUUCUUUGGAGAAGUCGUAUUAUAGUUACUUUGUUAGAGUCUGGAGAAAAUUUCUUUCAUCUAAGAGUUUUUAGGGGUAUGGAAGAGUUUUUGGUUACUACUGUGUACAGUUCUAAUGAAGAUGCUCAAAAGUUACUUAUCUAUUGGGAUUUUUCCAUUUACAAAACUGAUCAUUUGCCUUGGGUAGUCAUAGGGGACUUCACUGCGAUUGAAGAAAUUAAGGAUGCCUCUAAUGUUGUUGUUGUGACAAGAGUAUGAUGGAUUUUAGAGAUUGGAUUGAUGGCAUGCGAUUGGUGGACUAUAAGGACAUGGGGUCAUGGUACACUUGGUAGAAUAACAAGAUGACAACCCU